CACUACUGGCUCAGAGCCUACGGACGUGAGUUGAACUAUAUCCAUGCAUGCCCCCUCGUCGCGGAAAUGUUACGAGAGAUUCGUGAAGCUGCUCUAAGCUAUAAACGAAACAAUUUUAACAUAUCACACGCGGGAGUCCACCGGGCUUCAUUUUGGUUUGGUCAUGCUGAGACUCUCUUACCGGUGACUACUCUCCUGGGACUGUUCAAUGACUCAGUGGGUAAAGAAGAAAGUGAGAUACUAUAUGCCGACGGAUUUAAUGGAUGGCUGAGCAGAGUGCGCACUAGUCCACCAUUACCUACAACCUUCCGGGCUGGUCAUAUCAUUCCUUUUGCAGGAAAUCUAAUGCUCGAAUUGUAUCACUGUCCAAACGAAGUUUCCCCGCAAGGGAGUGAUCCUCUUGCUGGAUUCUUCGUUCUUCCUCGUGUAAACAACCAAACGGUCGCUUGGCCGCUAGCUUCUCCAGUUCAACCACCAACGUCCAAGUCACCCGGUGCGCCGUUCGCCCCACUAUCUUCUGUACUAAAUUAUUUCAAAGCGUGCACGCCGGAUGCCUACGAUGAAGAAAAGCAUUGCAACCUGGAUUAG